GCGAUUUUAUUGUCAGCGGUCAUCCCCAUCCAAUCAUGCGCACCAUAAAGCGCGCUAAAAUUCAAGAUGGCGGAUGUGGACAGUCCACCAAAAAAGAAAUCAAGACCUUCACUGGAUCCUCAGGAAGGAGAUGGAGGAUUCAAGUUUACUAAAMAAAGCAAACGUACCAGACUUGGGCCCAAGAAAAGUGCAAUCCCUAAAAGUUUGAAAAAGAGAAGAUCCAGUUUUGUUCGUGGACGAAAGGAAAGAAAAUCRCUUCCUCCUCCAGUUACUGCAGAAAUACCGAAUCUUUAUGUUAAUAUCCCUGCUGAAUUACCACCCACUGCAAGACUGAGAAAACUAUUUGAUGCAAGUCUAGAGCUUGCCAUCACAAAACUAGCUGAAAAGUCCAGCAAUGUUAUGACAGAUUUACCAGACUUUCAGGAAGAAGCCAAAGCAGUGUUUAAUCACCUGCGGCAGCUUAUAUCUGAAAGUGACAUAAUCGAUGAGGCCUGUCAGCCCUCGGCAGAGGAAAACAUGGUAACAGUGGUACCAAACCCUCAAAACAAACAGUUAGAAGAAAGUGCYGUAACUUGCAAGCUAAGUACUCAAAGACUACAAAAGGAGGAAAGUAAAUGGAAUGAACUGCUGCAGGAAAACAAGCAACUAGAAGAAAAAGUUAAGCAGGAGCUUCAAGARGAAGAGUCAAGUGGAAGCAAAGAAGAAUGCCCAGAUUUCCUAUCAGAGUCGCAACACAAGCUAUUGUCAGGAAAACCAGCUUUCAAAAGCCUGGCAGAGGAGAGGGAAAACCUUAAACAGAAAUCACUGUUAAUGGUUGAUAAAAUUUCUGAAGUGGUUACUGGCUUACAGCAAUACAAAAAAGUGACAGAAGGUUACCUUAACAAGCAAACACAGUCAUUUGGUGCCAAAUCACUAAAUGUUAUUAAUGACAUGGGUACCCCAAGAACCCUUAUCCGAGGUCAUCUGACUGGACACUAGGAUAGCAUUCCCCUGCCUGUUUUAUACACAGUUAGCCCAAUUUGUAAAUAAGGCUGAAAUAUUAACUGAAAUUGAAAUGAACACGCAGGUAGAAAAAAAAGAUAGCUUUUAAUAACUUGACAUACCCAUUAUUGCUUUUUUUUACCUGUAAAGCAUGAGAAUGGAUUUAACAUCUAAUAAUGUAAUGGCAGUAACGACAGCAUAUAGUACAGACUAAGUAAAAUGAAACCUUUCUUUGUUAAAACAUA